AUGUCAGCACUUCCUAUAGUUCUCUCAUUCCUUGCAAACUCACAGAAGUGUGCGGUCAAUCCUGCUGAACCGGUUACUCGAGUUCGUGCUUCUAUCACCACCACCAAAGACAUCCUUACAAGGAAGACGAUUAAUUAUGGUACUAGGCAUGCCAAACUCUACUACUUGACCCCACUUGGCCCUAGCAUGCCAAUCCCUAGAGCACUAGUUGAGCAAGACAUUGAGACAUAUGAGCAUGAUCAGGGAGAUUCUUCCAACAAUGGUGGAUCUAGAAGAGGUCCUUAA